CCAUAUCCAAAAAUGCCCGUUGCGUCUGUCUCCCUCCCUCUCUGCCCAUCUCUACCUGACGCGGCGACACCUCGUCACUGCCCAAUCAGUGUCCCAGUAUUUACCCAGGCGCAGCUCCUGCUCCUCCGCACCUGCUGCUCCAGUUCAGCUCUGCCAACAUGCUCGGCCUCCGGCGCCUCCUCGUUGUCUCCGGCCGCCACGCGCCGGAGGUCACCUCCGCCUGUGCGGCGUCCUCCCACAGCGCCGUCUUCUUUCGCGCGCUCCAAAUCCUCGCCCAGCCGGGGCCCGUCCGCCUCCACAAGCUCUCGGCUCCGGACACCGGGAUCGUGGAGCUGAGGCUGGAGCGGCCGGAGGCCAAGAACGCCAUAGGGAAGGAGAUGCUCCACGGGCUGCGGAGCGCCAUCCAGGAGGUGGUGGCCGACACGGCUGCAAACGUCGUCUUGGUGGCGAGCUCCGUGCCCAAGGUUUUCUGCGCGGGCGCCGAUCUCAAGGAAAGGAGGUUGAUGGGCCCUACUGAAGUUCGGGACUUUGUUAAUUCCUUAAGAUCUACAUUUUCAUCCUUUGAGGCACUGUCUAUUCCUACAAUUGCUGUUGUUGAAGGGGUUGCUUUCGGUGGCGGGUUAGAAUUGGCUCUGUCAUGUGAUCUUCGCAUAUGUGGCGAGGAUGCAAAAUUCAGUUUGCCAGAGACUGGCCUUGCUAUUAUUCCGGGUGCUGGAGGAACUCAGCGCCUUCCUAGGAUUGUUGGAAGGUCAAGAGCAAAGGAACUAAUAUUCACUGGCCGUAGAUUUGAUGCAGUGGAAGCUGCAACUAUGGGAGUAGUAAACUACUGUGUUCCUGCUGGCGAGGCUUAUCAAAAGGCUCUUGAACUUGCACGGGAGAUAAACCAGAAAGGCCCAGUAGCGGUAAAAAUGGCUAAGAAGGCCAUCAAUCAAGGGGCAGAGGUAGACAUGCCCUCGGCAUUGGCUGUUGAAGAAGAAUGCUACGAGCAAGUUCUGCACACUCAGGAUCGUCUUGAAGGUCUAGCCGCAUUUGCCGAGAAAAGGAAGCCUGUAUAUAAAGGGAAGUAGGGCUGUAGAUGGUCUUUGAUUCAUCAUAAAUUCAUAAUGGAAAGUUACAUUAACAUGCCAUCCCAAUAGUGGCAUGACUGCAUGAUAUGUGCAAAUUCAUGUCUUUUCUCUGUAACUUUCAGAAAAUAAGAUGCAUCUGGGCUGCUAGCCUGCUAGCUACGUAUUUUGAAGUGAAUUCGGCUGUGGCUUUGGACUUCA